AUAUGUGGUGAACAUAAACGUCAAUAAAACACAUGUCAUAACCCUAAAAGUUGUUUACAAAUUUUCCUUUCACGCCAAAGGAAGUGAAAUGAUUUAAUAUCAACGAGUCUGACACAAAUUUUAAAACAAACAUCCGUGAAAAAUGACUUCGGAAAUUGAACUGAGAAAAUGGUUACACCGUGCCGACAAAACUCACAUGGAAAACAUCCAAUUUGGCAUGAAAGUGUGGAACUCAAUCGAAUUCAACCUUCUUACGAAACACGAGAUCAUCACCGAGGAAUGCUGUAAGCUCGUUGAGAACGUAUCGGCUGAAUUGGAAACUGCGGACGACGUUGAUGCGGCUUGGAUCAUAAUUAAUGAGUUUCUCGGUUUGAAAUGUUCUCCCGGAGCCGUCGGAAGUCCGGUGAAGACGACGUUGACAAAAACAUUGAUUGCAGUGGUGAAUGGUGUGAAGUGUCGUCGAUACGUAGUCUAUAAAGGACUGAUUACGCUGCUACAAAACUCGUCAAUGCAAAGUUUUUUCAAAAGUAAUUCAAAAUCGUUUGCUAUGUUGGCAGGAGCAUCCAUCGACUAUUUAACGAAAAUGCUGGAAUCAAGUGAAGUGGAUUCUGGUUUCGAACGGAGUGAUCCGUUGGUUCGUGAAGUGGUGCAGAUAACAAAGAAUUACCUGAAACAGACACCGUUUUUGAACGAGUUUAGGAAACCAUUCGUCAAACAUUUGCUGAUUCCACUAGCCGAACUAUUCAUCAGCUUAAGAAACGAUGGUACAAUUGACGAAACCGACUUCUUCAGCAUUUUACAUGAAAUUUAUUUUGCCGACAAUGAGAAAGAGAAUCCCUUCAAUCAGUUGCUGCUUCAACCGGAAAACAAAGAAUUUGCGUUUCUAUUGAACGUUCCCGUUCAUGUGUUUAUGUUGAUCGUCGAAGGUAUUUUCCAACCACUUAAAGUUGAAACAUCUACACAAGGCCUCUUCAUACAGUUUCUGUUCAACGUUUACUUCAAGCUAUCAAACGAAAAGUUUGCCAACGAACAGCAAAUGUUAUUAGUGGUAUCACUCUUCUUGGCGGCGCUGAAACGUUAUGAUGUCCCGUUAAAUUUCGACAUUGCCGGAGUAAAGGCCACAGAGUACAUUGGGAAAAAUAUCGAGAGCUUUAACAUAACCGAAUCGAAUCUGUACGAGAUCGUGUCGGUGCUGUGUGCGUCGAUCGAACUGAAUCCCAUGAUGUUGGAGCACUCGAUCAUUCCGCUGGUGGUGAGAUGUAUGCUGCAUCGAAAAGACGAUAGGACCGCGAUGAUAUUCGAGAGAUUUUUGAUUUUGGUGAUUGACAUGUAUCGCCGACUGAGUCGCUCGGAAAAGUUUAUUUCCAAUUUAAUGCGAACAAUGUGGCAGAAGUUGUCCGAAAUUAAAUUGUCGAAAAAGUUGAAAAGAAAACUUGGGACCGUUGAUGUUAAUGCCAGCGUUGUAGAAUCACCAAAACGACUAAGAUUGGAAUCCGUUGGAAACGAAGACGUAACGAUAAUCAACGGCAACUUAAGCGACGAAGAGAAUCGAAUCCACAAAUUUUUGCUUCUUCUGACGGAGCAUUUAGUUCCGAUAGACGCUAGAGCUGGAAAUUCGAAGAAUACCAACGAAGACACUUUCCAGUGGAAAAAUAUCCAAUUCGCUUGGCCGAACAGAGUGGGUGAAUCAUUUUCGAAAUUCAUUUCUGGCUUAGUAUCGAAACCUUCCCUGGUAGUGUGGAAAACAUUAAUUUUCUCCUUGAACGAUUAUGUGAAUCUUAUAAAAGACGGCGAUUUGAGUGAAAAUUCAUUAUUUUUGAUCGACUGGACGAGUGCGUUGUUGUGUCAGUAUUUCCAUGGUUGUCGCUUAGCCGAACAAUCCGAUAAAACGUGGGAGAUGAUUGAUAAUAAUCGCAAACUACAACACAAUUUACUGAAAGAUUUCGGCAGCGCCAUUUUAAGCCAGGAGCAUAACAUCCGCACAAUGAAUGCUUUUCUAACAUUGUGCUUCGCAUCCGGCAACUUCGAUUUAUUGAGAUGGUUCUACUGUCCCGAUUCGAUAACUUCAGACCAGAUUGAACGUUCCAUCGCCGAUAAUACGAAUAAUUUCGUUCAUUCGUAUCUCCAGCCGACGGAAUGGGUUUUGAUUGAGCAAAGAAUUUCCAAUUUCGGCAAGCACGAAUGUCGCUCCAAUUUGAAUCGCUUGUACAUGCAGAAAAUCAAAUCCAAAUUGGUAAUCAAACGGAGCGAAACAGUCAAUCAUCAGUCGAAUGAAACUAUGGACGUAGCCAAUCAUCUGUUACCGUCAACGCUGAGCGGCAAUGACGACCUCAGUGAAUUGAAUGACAUCUUAUUGGAUGAAACAACUAACCAGUGGUUUAUCGAGCAGCUAACGCGUUCGCAGAAGAUACAGGUAGCACGAAAUGUUGUUGAACUUGAUUGUGACACGACGGGAAAUUGUCAGCUGAUUAAAGUACUUGUUAAUAAUGUGGCAGACCAAGAGUUCUUCGACUUUCUAGCAGUUGCAAUUUUUGAGAAAAUUAGUCUUCAAGCCGUUGACAACAUGUUCAUCCUAAAGCGGGUUAAUUUUGAGGAUGUGUUUGCUGGUAACGAUUCGUUCUGUAAAGAAUUGUUCCGAGGGAUGAAAAACAACAGCACCACCGCACUCAAUUUGGAGGAACAAUCAAUGUUGCAAAGAGCAUGUAGAUUACUGGACAUCCUUCCUCUCGGCUUCGUUAGUCUAACUGUGAAGAACAUUUUGCUACAUUUGAGUCUGGGUCUAUUGCAGUGUAGUGACAAGGAGAAUGUUCACAUCUGGUGCAAAUACCUUAAGAAAAUUUUACUUCUUGGAGAUGCGCCAGACGUCUUUCGCUACUUGAAAGUGAAACAAUUGCCCCGCAUUUUCGACAAUUGUGAAAGUGAUCUGGAAGUGAUGUACAAACUGUUUUUCGAGAGAAAACUGAACGAAAUGUCACCAACAACGACGAAAAUGUUGAGCGAUUUGCUGCAGUUAGUUCAGGCUGAGACCUUUGAAAAUGUAACCGGAUGCACUUACAUGGACAUUGGAGUGCGGCUAUUGGAAUUUUUCAAUAAGAACAAAAAGUGUAAAGAAUUGGGUACGCAGUACCGAGAUGUCAUCUUGGUAAAAAUUCGAGAAUUUUUCGAUCAUCAAUCGCAUUCAAAAGAAGAUGAACAAACGUUUGUGCGGAAAACUGCUUCAGGUUUUGUCCAUAUCAUUUCAACAUUGAACGACUUCGACGAUCAACUGAAAAAGGUCGUCAACAUUUACGUUGAAAAUAUGCAAAAUUGUUAUGACUCCCAUUCGAUUAAGCUGCUUAACAUCAUCGUUAGCAAUAAAGCCAGUUUCGGUUAUACGGAUAGCGACAUCACAAACAUAAUUGACAAAUUCUGGAAUGAGUUGAUCAGUGAUUUAGGCGACGUCAAGGAUCCUAAUGUUUAUCAGGCUUUUGUGAAGUUCGUUUUCAAUCUGAAAAGCUCCGAGGAACUCAUCGUCAUGCUAACAGCAUUGAAUUCGAUAAACGCCGCUGACGAAGACGCUUUAAGAAGAUUCGAAAUAUUUGAGAAACUGUUCCGACUGAUAUUCAAAUGUCAAUUGAAUAAGGCCAAGGGAGGUAUUUUCAGUGAAUUCUUCCGACAAGUUUCAUUCCAAAUCAUCAUCAAGCUUCGAAACUUCGAUGCACCCACGCAGCGUAUUGUUAGACAGAAACUUUUGGACUGUCAAAAACAUCUUUGCAUCAACAUUCAGAUACCCGUAACAUUCGAUCUAAUCGACGACAUAAUUGGCUUCAUGUCUGAGACAAUCAAGCAGCAGCAAAUCAAAACGAUCACGGACGUGUGCAUUUUAAAGGAAACCCACACACGAAUCAGCGAUUUAUGUUAUGGCCUCAUUCAACAUCGACAUUAUUUCCUCAUCGAUCGAAUACCUCAAUUUGUGGUCAUUCUGAAAGAUCUGCUGCAAUCUGUGUGCUGGUUUAAAUGUAAUCGCGUUCGUGGUAAACAUUUGGACGAUGACGAAGUUACCGCAUUGGCCGAACUUUCACACAAAAUGGAAAACAUAAUAAAGGCAUUCGUCAAACAUGCUAAGGAAGUUAAAAGGAUUGCGCCGUAUUUCCUGUUGUUCAUCAUAAAUUUGAUGAUUUCCAAAGAGAACGUUUCUACAAUGUACUCGAAGGUAAAAACGCAUUUCGAUUACAUUUGCUACGACUUGAUUUCGGUAUGCGAUCAUCGGGUCGAAGGCUUUAUCAUGCGAAACUGUAACGAAGCGUCGAAACAACAAUAUGAAACAAUGGUGAAAGAGUACCGAAAAUAUCACAAAUUCAAGGGAAAGGUUUAAACCAUUUUUUAUUGUAAUUGCUUGGAUAUUGAAAAUAAAUUGAAUUUGAAAUUGUUGGA